AUGGAAAGUAAUGCGGUGCUGCUGGAAUCCAAGUCCUCCCCCAUCAACUUGCUGAAUGAAAUGCAUCAGCUGCGUCUCCUGGGCCACCUCUGCGACGUGACGGUCAGUGUGGAGUACCAAGGUGUCAGGGCAGAGUUUGUGGCCCACAAGGCUGUCUUGGCAGCCACCAGCAAGUUUUUCAAGGAGAUGUUCCUCAACGACAGCGAAAUGGACAGCCCCAGGACCAUCGUGUUCCUGAACGAGGUCCAGGUUGCUGAUUUUGCUUCGUUUCUGGAGUUUGUCUACACUGCUAAGGUAGAGGUGGAAGAAGACAGAGUACAGCGUAUGCUAGAAAUAGCUGACAAGCUGAAGUGCUUAGACCUCUCAGAAGCCUGCUUUCAGUUGAAGAAACAGAUGCUUGAGUCAGUGCUGUUGGAGCUGCAGAACUUCUCUGAAUCACAGAACUCUGAGGAAGAGAGUUCUACCCAGCCAAGUACUCCACUGGAAUCCAAAGCAGCUGCUGUGCCAGAAGCUGACCAGGCAGAUUGUCCUUUGGCUCCUCCAGAUUCCCCAGCAGGCAGGCCCAGCAGCGAGAUGUCUCCUGAGAUCCCAGCUGCCAAACCAAAAGAGAAAACGGACAGAAAGAAGGAAAUGGCAAAGCCUCCUUACACCCAAAUCAGAAGGGCGAGUGGGAGGCUGGCUGGGAGGAAAGUGUUUGUGGAGAUCCCCAAGAAGAAAUACAUGAGGCGGCUGAGGGAGCAGCAGAAGGAUGGAGAGGUUGCUGUGGAAGAAAAAAAGUGCCCUCAAGAGCAAGAGGUGUGCGAUGUGGAGGGGGAGGAGGAGGAGGAUGAGGAGGAGCAGGCAGAGAACAGCAUCAAACCCCAGAGCGAAGAACACAGCUUCGAGUCGGGAGAGCACCUGCCGAAAUCCGAGGAGGAGAAGAGGCGGGACAGCAACUUCAAGUGCAGCACGUGUGAGAAGGAGUUCCUCUACGAGAAGAGCUUCCUCAAGCACAUCAAGCACAGCCACGGCAUCGCCGCCGAAAUCGUCCACCGCUGCGACACCUGCGGCCAGACCUUUGCCAACCGCUGCAACCUCAAAAGCCACCAGCAGCACGUCCACAGCAGCGAGCGCCACUUCCCGUGCGAGUUCUGCAGGAAGAAGUUCAAGAGGAAGAAGGACGUCAAGAGGCACAUUCUCCAGGUUCAUGAGGGUGGUGGGGAACGUCAUCACUGCCUGCAGUGUGGAAAGGGGUUGAGCUCCAAAACUGCCUUGAGGCUCCAUGAGAGGACGCACACAGGGGACAAGCCUUAUGGGUGCACAGAGUGUGAGGCUAAGUUUUCUCAGCCUUCUGCACUUAAGACACACAUGAGAAUCCACACUGGUGAAAAACCUUUUGUCUGUGAUGAGUGUGGUGCCAGGUUCACUCAGAAUCACAUGCUCGUGUAUCACAAACGCUGUCACACAGGGGAAAGACCUUUUAUGUGUGAAACCUGUGGGAAGAGCUUUGCUUCUAAGGAGUAUCUGAAACACCACAACAGAAUCCACACUGGAUCCAAACCCUUCAAAUGUGAAGUUUGCUUCAGAACAUUUGCACAGAGGAACUCCCUUUACCAGCACAUAAAAGUCCACACAGGGGAGCGUCCGUACUGCUGUGACCAGUGCGGGAAGCAGUUCACCCAGCUGAACGCGCUGCAGCGGCACCACCGCAUCCACACCGGCGAGAAGCCCUUCAUGUGCAACGCCUGCGGCAGGACCUUCACCGACAAGUCCACCCUGCGGCGCCACACCUCGAUACACGACAAAAACACACCCUGGAAGUCCUUCCUGGUCAUUGUCAAAGGAGCAUCUAAGAAUGAUGAAGCUCACAAAACAGAACUUCCUGAUGAAGAGUAUGAUAUGUCACCUAAAAUCCCAGAGAAUGGCCACUACCAGGGCUUGGCUAUUGUCCCAGGGAGUGUCAUCACCCUGCAUGAAGACAGCUCUGCCACAGGAACAGACUGCAAGUCUGAUGGGACACCACGGCCACAGGAAGGCCUCAUGGCUACCACUCUAAGUGAGCUGACAGUGCUGCACACUCAGACUGACUCUGUUCAGCCACAGCUUCAUGCUCUGGUCAAUAUGGAAUGAUUUGGUUCUUUACAGACCCUUUGUAGAGCCCUAUGCCAACAUCCUGUGGUGGGAGCUAGGAGAAGGAAGAGGUCUAGAUGUGAUUUCUAGAACUCAUUUCCAGCAAGGAAUUUCCAGUAUUUCUUCCUUAUCAGUACAAGCUGGGAGCUGAUAGGAUUGAGAGCAGCCCUGCAGAAAAGGAGUCGGGGUGCUGGUGGAUGAGAAGCUGGACAUGAGCCAGCAAUGGGCACUUGCAGCCCAGA